CGUUGGGGUGGUGUCAAGUCUCACGCACGACGCCCUCUGUGACAGAGAGAGAGAGAGAGAGAGAGAGAGAGGGAGCCAUAGCUUCCGCGGCAAAUCCCUUUUUCUUAUUGCUUCUUCUUGUUCCCUUUUGGUUGAUUUCGAAUUCUAAUUACCAAAUCAAUUUGAAUUAAGCUUUGGAGUUCAUAUUGAUAUCUCUAUCUAAUAGUUAUUAAAGAUUUUGGGGAUAUACUUACUCUGUUGGGGGAAGAGUUGAGAUCAAUUGAUAUCUUCAGUAUAAUAAAGUGGAGCUUCAACAUGUUGCAUUUCAGUUGUAGUGGUUUCGAUAUCUCAAGCUGUUUUAUUCAUCUUGCUGAAUGGCAUCCUUUGGAAUAACGAAGCUUACUCGGGCUUUGAAGCCCCUUUGUAGCGCGAGUCAGUACUUGAGAGUUUUAUAGGUUGUUGGAGUUAGAUAAUGUUUCGUGAUAGUUUUUCAUUUGUUGCCCAAGCGAUGGGUUGUUUUGGUUGUUUUGGUUGCUCUGAGAGAUCAAGACCAUCACCAAAUCCGUACGAUGAUGAUGAUGAUGAUGAUGAUAGAGGAAGUGGUGAUGAAACCAGUAAUGCGGGAGGAGGAGAUGAAGAAGAGGAAGUGGAGGAGCUGAGCCGUUCGAAACGAUCUGAAGAGAUUUUGAUAUGUAAAUUACAAAAUGGAUUAAUAUGCAGGCAGUUUCCAGUUAAGGAAACUAACAAACUUGUACGCGGAGAGGAUGAAGAUGGAAAGAAGACAAUAAAUGAGUUUGUUCGUGAGCGUAAAAUUGGAGCUGGUAGUUAUGGGAAAGUGGUUCUAUAUCGAAGCACUGUGGAUGACAAGUAUUAUGCUAUUAAGGCUUUUCACAAGUCACAUUUAUUAAGGCUACGGGUUGCACCUUCAGAAACUGCUAUGGGGGAUGUUCUUCGUGAGGUUAUGAUUAUGAAAAUCCUGGAGCAUCCUAAUAUCGUUAAUCUCAUUGAGGUGAUUGACGACCCUGAGUUUGAUGAAUUUUACAUGGUUCUGGAAUAUGUUGAUGGAAAAUGGGCUUAUGAUGAUUCUGGUGCUCUCGGAGAAAAUACUGCUAGAAAGUACUUGCGGGAUGUAGUUGCUGGCCUCAUGUAUCUUCAUGCUCAUAAUGUAAUUCAUGGGGACAUCAAACCAGACAAUUUGUUUGUUACUAGUACGGGGAGAGUGAAAAUAGGAGAUUUCAGUGUCAGCCAAGUAUUCAAGGAUGAUGAUGAUCAACUCCGUAGAUCUCCCGGGACUCCUGUCUUUACUGCCCCGGAAUGUUGUUUAGGUAUAACAUACGGUGGCAAAUCUGCAGACACAUGGGCAGUGGGAGUUACUUUGUAUCGUAUGAUAUUAGGACUAUACCCGUUUCUUGGUGAUACACUUCAGGAUACUUAUGACAAGAUUGUUCACAACCCGUUAAUUAUCCCGGAUGAACUGAAUCCUCAACUGAGGGACUUGAUUGAAGGUCUCCUUUGCAAAGAUCCAAACCAGAGGAUGACGUUGAAAGCUGUUGCGGAGCAUCCAUGGGUUACUGGAGAAGACGGGGCUAUUUCGGAAUACUUGUGUUGGUGUAAACGCAAAGCUGGAGAAGAGGAAACAGCAUAAUGGGAUUGAAAAGGUAGCUAAAAAGGCUAGGACCAGUAUACUUGAACAUGGCAAAGGCAAUCAUAUGUUGCGUUGGGUUGUAAUAGUUCUUUGUGGCAUUUUUUACUCAAUACCAUCAUCAUCUUUGAGGCUCUUGAUCGUCUGAUUUUUCUGUUUGCUCUCUUCACUUUUUUUUUUUUUUUUUUNUUGUUAUAAAGGAAACAUGUUUUUGGGUGAUUGAAAUGUAAUAAUCAUUUGUAUAAAACAAUGAUGUUAAUUUUAAAUUC